GUCAAAAGAGAUGGUGCACCAUUUUAAAUUUAUGAGACCUUUUUCCUUCAAUUAGCCAAACCCUAUAAACUUAGGGACAACCUUUUCCCAAAAUGCAAUGCCACUGUUCUUCAUCUGUCUAGAGAAAACUCUACAAAAUAUUAUUGAGAAUUAUAAUAAUAUAUCUUUACUAUCUCAAUUUAUAAUAGUUAGCCCAAAGAGUUUUUUGUUAUUGUAAUUGGACAUUGUUGCUCUCAUCAUUAUCAACUAUGGUGAGAGCUCCUUGUUGUGAAAAAGUGGGGCUGAAAAGGGGAAGAUGGACAGCUGAAGAAGAUGAGAUCUUGACCAAUUAUAUUCAAGCUAAUGGUGAAGGCUCAUGGAGAUCCUUACCAAAGAAUGCAGGAUUGUUGAGAUGUGGGAAGAGUUGUAGAUUGAGAUGGAUUAACUAUCUGAGGACAGAUUUGAAGAGAGGGAACAUCACAACUGAGGAAGAACAGAUGAUUGUAAAGCUACAUAAUGUUUUUGGCAACAGGUGGUCUUUGAUAGCGGGACAUUUACCUGGCCGGACAGACAACGAAAUAAAGAACUAUUGGAACUCUCAUCUAAGUCGAAGAAUCUACACAAUGACACGACUUUCUGCUAAGUCGUCUUCACCCAUAACUGGCAUCCUUGACAUUACUCCUGCAUCGAAGCGAAAGCGAAACAUUAGCAAAAGUGCCCAACAACAAGCUGCUACUGUCAAAAUGAAAACAACUGAGAAAGAAAAAGUAGAAAAAGGGUUGAGCUCGGAAGAGGAUGAUAAAGAAGAUGAAGAUGGAUUGGGAAAUAGUAGAGUAGUAUUGAAUGAUGGAGGUGAAGAGGACUUGGGACCAUAUGAUUGGCUAGAUGGUGAAAUAAUGAGACUGAAUAAUGAAAUUAUUGAAUGGGGAAUGGGGGAGUCAAGAGGCAAUAAUAACAAUGGAUGCAAUGAGAAAGUGAGAUGUACUGAAGAUCAUAAUCAUAAUUAUGGUUCUAAUUGUUCUUCUUCAGUGAAUUCAGCUUUGGAAAUGGAUCAAUGGUUGAAUUGGGAUUGGGAUCAUCAAGAUAAUGGAUCAAUGGAAGGAUGUAGUUUGGAUCAAUGGGAACUUGAGGAAAUUUCAUCUUGGGUUAUGGGAAACUGAAAUUGAUCAAUGUUUUAGAGUUAGUUAGGGUUUUCCUGAGAAAAAAUUAGAUAGGAAAACCCUAUGUUUGAUUAUAUAUAUAAUAUUUCAUUUAUAAAAUAAUAUUUGUUGAUUGUA